AUGGAGGUCGUUUCGCAAGCACCCAUUCGUGCUCAGAAUAAACAGGUCAAUGUACUGUCGAAUAAAGGGUUGACUAGAAAGAGAUCGACUCCCUACAAACAUUGUAAUCCGCUACCCCUUCGGGCGAAGACUAAAGCACCGGAUAGUAAGGAGGAUGAUGAAGUGAGAGUAAUCGGUGAAGUGUGCUCACCUUCGGAGCAGGUUCGUUCAUUUCCGUUGUUGAAUUACUACCCUAAACUUGACAUUCUCUGA